AUGGACGUACAGACUACGACAAUAGACUGUAGCGGCAACAACAACCACAACAACAAGAAGACAUACAUGCAACAGUACUACGAGGAGUUCAAAGAGCUCUUUGAAAAGAGUAAGUUCGACCCUAGAGAGCUUGACCAACUCGAGCUAGACCAAGCCCAAGAGCAACCACCUGUCCUACCCCAAGAGGCUCAAGAACAACCACCCAUUGUUGAACCUGUCGUGCCCCUUGCCACACGCUUUGUCGAUAGAUACUAUGACAUAGUGUUGGACAUCCAGAGGAUAGAGGAUCUGAAGAAGGGCUGGCCAAUCUACCUUUCCCAACAUUGGAUCGAUAAACACAAGCGAGUUCCUGCCAAUGAUGAGGACCAUGUGAAGUAUCUCCUGGGACUUGAGCAAUCAUUCACCGUAGUGGCAGUACUGGGUCUGUUCAACCGUGGCAAGACAUUCAUCAUCAACCAACUCUCUGGUUUCACCUUGGAGUCGGGUCGCCGUGUCCAGACUAAGGGCCUAUCAUUUAAACAGACCAGAGAGGGAACCAAUACCAUCUUCCUAGACACUGCCGGUACCGAGACACCUCUAUUCUACAAGAACCACCAGAACCUUACACCGGAGGAAGAGAGAAAACUGCUUGGUCAGAAGAAGGCCACCGAGCUCUUCAACCAGUCCCUCGCAUAUGCUUUCUCCGACAUCAUCGUGGUGGUGGUCAAGGAGCUCACAUGGCCAGACCAAGAGUACAUCAAGAACAUCCAGAGAACCCUCGGCUCUCAGAGUGGAUCUGCCGAAACCAACAAACAAACACAGUUGAUUGUUAUUCACAACUUUGAUACCGUGACCGAAGAGAGUGAGUUGAUAGAAAUGUGGAAGAGAUUCGUUGUCCAGACUCACACCGGUAUUGAGAGGUAUAUGAAGGUAGUCAACACAGACGAUAUCCAUAUCUUCUUCCACGAGAAGAGCUUGGACUCUUCCAGACAGGACACCUUCCAUUACUUCAUUGCCAAGGAUGGCUCCCCUGCUGGCAACAAGUGGAACCCAAUUACGAUAAAUGCAAUCCGUACCAAGAUCUUUAGUAAUCAAGUCCAGAGGACUGAGAGUCUUGAUAUGAUACUCAAGAAGAACAUUGAUCACCUGCUAAAGGAGCGCUACUGCCGAAAUCCACCCAAGGUGAAGAUCGUGGUUAACAAUCGAAAUGGCCAAGCUCCAGGUCCAGACGAGGCGAAUGCAGCUGCCCCAGUGAAUGUAGAACCAGCCGCCAUACAUUCAGAGGUGGACCAGGACCCCGACAUUGAGAGAGUCAAGAAACAAUGGCACUUUGACGUCCCUGAGGAACCAUAUCUUCCUGGUUAUAUCACCAUAGUUCCAGAGUCCAACGACGAGACUACCUACAACCUUGACUUGAAGUCCGAGGUGGACUUUAAUGGCUUCAACAUUAUCUUGGUCCCUAUCCAGACUGACGGUUUCACUCCGCACUACGACGUCAUCACGGAUGAGUUUGGCAUGUAUGUGAUGGUCGACUUCCCAGGCUACAUCUCUCACAAGAUAGGUGGCUUCUUGAAUUCAAAGAUCAUCCACAAGGACAACCGCUAUUUCCUCAAGGUGUGGGGACGUCGUGACCUAUACUCCAUCACCCCUCCGAAUCCCAUAGACAAUAUUGACAACAACAACAACAACAACAACAAGGUAGUGGAGAAGAGGUCCUAUGACGAUCACCAGUUCAACAAGUUAACAACUCCCAAACCGCGUCCUUUCGGUGACUUCACCAUCGAAGUGCCCAUUCCGAAUCAGUACUCAGUUGAGAAAGCCACUGUUCAGUAUGUCUACCAUGGUCAGGUCUUCUAUUGUUUCAAGACUGUGAACACAUCGGAUACAAUUAUCAUUCACCACUCUCCUGAUGCUUAG